AUGUCAGAAUCAUUACAAGACAAGCUGGAUGUGUACGUUUCGCGAUUGAGGGUGACGUAUCGCCGGUACUUGGAUUUGGUGACUCCUCACACGUUGUACAGAUGGGUUGCGUUCUACGUGUUGAUCACCUUGUUCAUGUUGAGAAUAAUAUAUGCUGAAGGUUGGUAUAUUGUUUGCUACACGUAUGCAAUCUACCUGUUGAACAUGUUUCUGCAGUUUUUGACUCCCAAAUUUGAUCCUUCGCUGGAACAAGAGAUGCGUGAUGAGUCCACGGAGGAAGGAAUGUCUGGUAUGACUGAAAAUGACGAGGAGUUUCGUCCCUUCAUCAGGAGAUUACCUGAAUUCAAGUUCUGGUUUAAGGCCACGGCUUCCACCUCGAUCGCGCUAGUGAGCUCGUUCAUUCCACUGUUGGACAUACCAGUGUUCUGGCCCAUUCUCCUGAUGUAUUUCAUAGUGCUGUUUUCGCUCACUAUGAGAAGGCAGAUCCAGCACAUGUUGAAGUAUCGUUAUCUGCCGUUUGACAUUGGCAAGGCAAAGUAUGGCAGCAAAUGA